CCGUCUCGUCUGUCAAAACAAAAUAGUAGUUUGAGGUUAGGAAGUUCAGAGUACUCUGCAUUUUCUCUUAUGUUGUUCUUCAUUUAAUAUUUUGUUUUUAGUUCUUGUUUGUUACGUUCUUAACCAUGCUAAGGAGACAAGCUAGAUUGCGUAGAGAGUACUUGUACCGCAAGUCUGUUGAGGAGCAACACAGAAAAAUACAAGAGAAAAAGGAACGGAUCAAAAGAAGUUUGGAAACUGGCACCCCAAUAGAAACCACUUUGAAGAAAGAUGCUGUAGAUUUAGUACAUAAACUUGACUGGGAGGAUAAAGGCCCUUCUUUGGCAGUAGCCCUUGGAACCGAAGAAGGUGGUGGCGGAUCACAAGAAGAUGAUGAAUAUAGGUGGGCUGGAGUGGAGGAUCCAAAAAUUAUGAUAACAACAUCCAGGGACCCUUCCUCUAGGUUGAAAAUGUUUGUGAAAGAAUUGCGUUUAAUAUUUCCCAAUUCACAGAGAAUGAACCGAGGUAAUUACGAAAUGAAGCAACUUAUCAAUGCUUGCAGGGCAAAUGAUGUGACUGAUUUCAUAGUCGUCCAUGAGCACAGAGGCGUACCUAACUCAUUGGUUGUAUGUCACCUACCAUAUGGGCCAACUGCAUACUUCACAAUUGCAGAUGUAACUAUGCGUCACGACAUCCCUGACAUUGGAACUAUGUCUGAACAGUAUCCACAUCUUAUAUUUCACAAUUUUACAACAAAACUUGGAGUGAGAGUAGCCAAAGUUUUAAAGCAUUUAUUUCCAGUCCCCAAAGAAGAUAGCAAAAGAGUUAUUACGUUUGCCAAUCAUGAUGACUACAUUUCCUUCAGGCACCACAACUACAAAAAGGUGCAGGGGAACGUUGAGAUGUCAGAAGUGGGUCCAAGGUUCCAGCUGAAGUUGUACGACCUCAAGUUGGGAACGCUAGACACUGCUGACACAGCCGAGUCUGAAUGGACGUUGCGGCCGUACAUGAACACAUCCUACAAGCGGAGGUUCUUGUCACCAGACGACGGAUGGAAACAGGACGACCUUUCUGUUACUGCCUAAGCUGUAUUUUUGUAAUAAAUUUUUAUAAACAAAUUCAAGUCAUUAUUUAUCCU